AUGGAAUCACCUAAUAGUAUGUAUCUCACUGUAGAAUUUCACUACAAUGGAAUGUUUGCACCAAACCCGUUAGUGUACUUAGAUCAUAUGACAAUUACUCAUGAAAGAUUGACAGAUGGUAUUAGAAGAAUCAACAAUGAUGUUGAUUAUUUUGAGUUUGUUGAAGAUGGUUACAUGGCUAUGAACGAGCUAAGAAUGAAUGUUUACAUUGACCACCAAAACGAACCUAUUCUGGACUGGGCCGAUAAGGAGAUGUUAACAGGUGAUGAGAAAACAAUUGUUGAUGAUCUUUUUAACAAGUUGUGUGGUAAACCCAUUCUUAAUAGUAACAAAGAAGAAGUAAAUGAUGACAAUGAUGAUGAUGCCAGUGAUGAAGAUGAUGAGGUUAUGUUACGUGUCUUUGAUGAGAAUCAAGAAUGGGAUAAAAUGGUCAUAGUUUUAGGUAUGAAGUUUUCCAACCCUCUUGAAUUGAAGCUAUGUCUAAACAAGUAUUCCGUAAAGAAUGGGUAUGAUUUAUGGUAUAAAAAUGAUCAUCAAAAGUUAUUGGCAAAAUGUUCUGAACAUAAGAAGAAUAAGAGUUGUCCCUUUAGGUUGUGGGCAACAUGGAUGAAUGAGAGGUCUUUGAAGAUUAAGUCCUUAAUUGAUAGGAAUAAUUGUUCAGGAGUAUUCAAAUUUGGGUCUAUUGAAUUAGUUGAAGCUUUGAAGGAAAGCGUUCCAGCUGCAGAGCAUAGGCAAUGUGCUAAGCACAUCUAUGCUAAUUUCUAG